AUGGCGCUCGUCGUCACCGCCGUCCACACCUUUGUGGCUGAACACGACGACGAGCUCGAGUUCCAGGCUGGCGACAAGAUCACCGUCAUCGAAAAGGACGAGGCCUUUGGUGACGGAUGGUGGAGAGGCCGAAACACCAAAGGCGAAGAGGGCCUGUUCCCUGCGACCUACAUCUCCGAGUCGUCCGCUGAGACGACAUCAGCCGCUGCCCCGCCGGCAUCCACGGAUGCACAGUCUUCCGCCAUAGCCCAGCAGCCGGCCGCGCCAGUGGAUGCCGGCGUUGCUGGAGCCGACUCGGCCAAGGGACCGAAUGGCCUUCAGGACUCGGCUCCGGCUACCGAGCCCAUUCCUCCCACCUCCCAGCAAGUGCCCGCGGCCGCCGCCGCUGUACCUGGUACGGUCAAUGGCUGUUGCAGCGGCGCUAACGCUCCAGCUUCUGUCCCCCCCACCUCUGGCCCUGCCAACGGCAUCAACGGCCAUGCGUCCGAGGACGAGGGCCGCCAGCGCGACUCGCUGCUUGAUGAGUCUGGCGCCCCGCGGUCUGCUGUCACUACCGGCGCGGCUGCGCAGAAGCCAGCCGGGAACGUUAUGGGAUCGACGAUCGACGACGUCCAGGGGGCGCUCGAGGAGCACAUUGCCAGCUCGCCGUCGUCGACGCGUGGCCUGAAGAACUUCGAGACCGACAAGAAGGACGGUUUCGAGUCCCGGGACCAGACCGAUGACGAGGGCGGUAUGGGAAUCACCUCGGAUGCGCGUGCCCGCCUAGCCGAGCAGGCCAAGCUCGCCAACGAGGAGCGAGACCGUCAGGCGCAGCGUGAGAGCGGCGGCGUAGCUGGUCUCAUCUACUCUGACGAGAGCGACGAUGAGGAUGAUGAGUCUCACCACUCGCGUCGAGGAAGCGGUAUCAACGGCGACCGCUACCACCAGCAGCACAUGGGCGGUGGUAUCGCUAGAGGCAACAGCACCACCGGAUCCCAUGGUUAUGGCAUCAGCCGGCCAGAGCAGCAGCUCGCGCCCGUCACCGAUGCCGACUACAGCCCGCCCCAGCAGCAGCAACAGCGUCUGCCUCAGCAGCAGCAGCAGCACCAGCAGCAGGUUCCCUACCAGUCUCAGCCCGCUGCCUACCAGCGGUCACCCGAGCCGGCGCAGGCGGCUACAAUGCCUCCUGUCGACCAUGUUGCGUCCCGCUCGCCUGGCCAGCAGGCUGUUGAGACUAUCCCUCCCGUGUCACACCCCGAGGGACCUCACUCUGCUGCCCAGUCCCCCGAGAUGCACUCUGGCUCGACCCUGCCUCCCGGCGCUGCCGCCGCUGGUACCGGCGCCACCAUCGCCGGUGUCACCGCUGCUGCUGCGACCGCCGCGGCGUACCGACAGGGUGGAGCCCCCGCCGAGCCUUCGCCUCCCGCCAGCAACGACUCUCGGGGAGCCGGCAGCCCUGCCUUAACACCCUCUGCGCGAUCGUCCUCGUUACCGAGCCGCUCGCCCCUUGUGGGCAAUGCAGCUCUGCCUCCCACUCCUUCGCCCCAGAAGGCUGCCAUGGCCCCCCUCCCUAGCACCGGAUCAGCUCCCGGCUCGGUGCAGGGCACGCCCCACACCGACGCCGUUGAGCAGCUGCAGCCCGCUCUUCCCCUCCCUCCUACUCCCAACAACGCCAACCUCGCAAACUCCCAGUCGUCCCAGGCUCCCCAGAGCGUCCAGUCGCCUACCUCGGCCACCCCCGUCACUCCGGGAACCGCCGCGCGCAUGCCCAAGUCGCCUCCCAACACGUGGACUGUCAACGAGGUCGUGGAGUGGGCGCACAGCCGCGGCUUCGACCAGUCUGUCUGCGACAAGUUCAUCGAGCACGACAUUUCUGGUGACGUCCUCCUCGAGCUCGACGCGAACCUCCUCAAGGAGCUCGACAUUCCCCAGUUCGGCAAGCGUAUCCGUAUCGCCCAGGCUAUCAACGAGCUCCGCCGCCCUGCCUCCCACGGCUCGGCCAACUCGAUCCCGCAGGGUGGUGUCGACCAGGGCCACGGCAGGAACGCGUCGAUGCCUCCCAGCUCGUACACUGGUUCCGUUUACGGCGGAAGCAACGCUGCUGAAGACCAGCAGGGCUGGGGUGGUUCGCACAGCCGCAAGGUCAGCACGACGCCGAGCACGCAGCCGAUCGACGAGUCGCGUGUUGCUGAUGUGCACCCGCACCCUGCCAGCACACCGACGCACUCCCACUUCGCCGUGGUUAACAACGCUAACGGCGGAACUUCUCAGCACCCCCACGGCACCCCGAGCCAGACCCCGCACUCGAGCACGAUCGCCUCGAGCACGCAGCGCUCAUCCGCUUCGACGCCCGCCAGCCCGUCGACGACCGUCGUUAAGCGCGACUCGUCCUCGUCCCUCGGCCACAAGAAGGGCAAGGGCUCGAUGGACAAGUCGGACCGCCUCAGCUUCUUUGGUCGUGCGCGCAAGCCGGCUCCCGCGCAGCCUCCCGGAUCGCAUUCGAGUGGCCCGCGCCUGCCGUUCACCAAGCAGACGAACACGAUGACGGCCGACCGUCCCGAGAAGCGCAUGUCGAGCAGCAACGGCACGCAGGCGCCGAUCGGCGGAGCGCUCCAGAAGAUUGGCAAGCCCGACAAGACGGGUUACCUGAAGAAGCGCGGCGAGCGAUACAACACGUGGAAGCAGCGCUUCUUCGUGCUCAAGGGCUCGCACCUGUACUACCUGAAGAGCGAGAACGAGGACCGCGUCAAGGGCCACAUCGAUCUGAAGGGCCACCGCAUCAUUGUCGACGAGAACACGAACCCGGGCAACUAUGGCUUCCGCCUAGUCGGUCCGGGCAACGAGAAGGUGCACUACUUCUCGUGGCCGGAGCGCACGCAGAUCCGUGACUGGAUGAAGGCGCUGAUGAAGGCGACGAUUGCGCGUGACUACUCUGUCCCGGUAACGUCGUCGUGCAACAUUCCCACGAUCCCGCUCGCCGAGGCGCAGGCACUGCAGCCGCGACCUCCCUCGCCCAGCGAGCGCGAGGCCGUUCAGCGCGCCAACCGCCGCGAGAACGCCAACCAGCUCACGCCCCGCGAUGCGUCCGUGCUUAUGGCGCUCGACACGACUGGCAGCGGGGGCAAGCUCAUGUCCGGCCACAUGUCGCUCAUGCCCUCGCGGCCGGGCCGCGACACGCGCCGCGCAUCGACCGGACGGAGCUCCAACGGCGGACGCCCGAUCAGCUCCGUCGGCGCCGGCCGUCCUAACAGCACUGGUCGUCCCUCGAUUGCGUCGUACUACCCGCCGGACGACGACCCGAACCCGCAGGCGGCCGACCUGAUGCAGUGGGUGAACCGGACGCUGCCGCCGCAGUACCCGCGCGUGGCGCACUGGCCCAACUCGUUUGUGUCGGGCGAGGUCAUCUUCCUCAUCGUGAAGCACCUGGCCGGCCUCGAGCCCGUGCCGCCGGUACCUGCGUCUGCGUUCAGUCCGGACCAGUCGGGCCUCGCGAACGUCGACGGUCUCUUCGCCAUGAUGGACAUUGUCAUCGACGCGGGCAUCGACAGCGCCGGCGUGAGCCUGAACGACAUUCGCGCUGGUGACGCACACGCCAUAACGCAGCUCCUGCAGGGCGUCCGCGGCUGGGCGGCCCAGCGCGGAUUCCCAUAG